CACUCUCCCGGCUCCAUGGCUGCGGUCCGCGAGUGGUCCUGCGCCCGCUGCACCUUCCUGAACCCCGCGGGCCAGCGCCAGUGCUCCAUCUGUGAAGCCCCCCGCCAGAAGCCCGACCUCAACCACAUCCUGCGGCUCAGCGUGGAGGAGCAGAAGUGGGCCUGCGCCCGCUGCACCUUCCGCAACUACCUGGGCAAGGAGACCUGCGAGGUGUGCGGCUUCGCCCCGGAGCCGGCCCCCGGCGGCUCCCCCAUGCCCGUCCUCAACGGCGUCCCGCCCAAGCCUGCCGUGCCCGCCGAGCCCAAGGGCACGGCCAAGGAGGAGGCUGCCCAGGCAGAGAGCGGCGGCGUGGACGCGGAGGGGAAGAGCCCGGAGGCCGCAGAGCCGGAGAGCGGCUGGGCCUGCCAGCGCUGCACGCUGCACAACACCCCCGUGGCCAACUCCUGCUCGGCCUGCGGGGGCCCUCGCAAGCUGUCCCUGCCCAAGAUCCCCCCAGAGGCGCUGGUCGUCCCUGAAGUCAUCACCCCCGCCGGCUUCCACAUGGCCCCCUCCGCCCCGCAGCCUUCGGGCUCUGCAGACAUCUGCGAGGGUGAGGCAGUGGCCGCCCAGGGCGCGGCGGCCAUGGAGCAGGAGGCGCAGAAGAUGGCAGCCUUCGGUCCCUUCUCCCCAGGGCUGCAGAACAACCCUGUGCCCCGCAGCCGCCGGGAGGUGCCCCCGCAGCUGCAGGUGCCGGGCGCUGAAGCCUGCCAGCCCACGGGCCAGGCCUCGGCGGGGCAGAAGGGCUCCCCACAGGGCCAGGCCAGGGCCGCCCCGGCCACGCGCUUCCAGGACCUGUUGUCCAACAAGCGCCUGAGCGUGCUGGAGGAGGAGAUGGAGGUCAGCCCUUCCCACUGGAGGUGCAGCUCCUGCUCCCUGCUCAACUCCUCUGGGGCCAGCAAGUGCGAGGCCUGCGGCGCCCAGAAGGGCAGCGACACCAUCAACCUGGCGGGGGACUCGGUGAGGUUCACCCCCUGCAGCCCUUCCAGCCCCGACUUCACCACCUGGUCGUGCUCCAAGUGCACCCUCAAGAACCCCACGCUGGCCCAGAAGUGCAAGGCCUGCGGCUGCUCCAAGCUGCACGGCUUCCAGGAGCACGGGGCGCAGGCCGAGGCCCCCCCGCGCGGCGCCGACUGCGGCGGCUGCGAGCGCAGCGGCUGCCCCUGCGGCGCCAGGGCCCCCUCGGCACGCAAGGUCGCCAGGCUCUUCCCCUGCCCGCUGCCUGGUGGCCAGGACAGGCCCGGCCAGUGGGCCUGCCCUGCCUGCACCCUGCUCAACGAGCUGAAGGCCAAGCACUGCGCUGCCUGCCACACCCCGCAGCAGUACGUGGCGCAGCGCCGCGGCCUGAAGCCCCUCAAGCGGCGCGAGAGCAUGCACGUGGAGAAGCGGCGGCAGACCGACGAAGGCGAGGCCAAGGCCCUCUGGGAGAACAUCGUCAGCUUCUGCCGCGAGAACAAAGUCAAUUUCGUGGAUGACAGCUUCCCCCCCGGGCCCAGGUCUGUGGGGUUCCCCGAGGGGGACAGUGUGCAGCAGAGGGUGAGGCAGUGGCUGCGGCCCCACGAGAUCAACUGCAGCAUCUUCAAGGAGCGGGCGGUCAAGUGGUCUGUGUUCCGCACCCCCAGGCCCUCCGACAUCCUGCAGGGCCUGCUGGGCAACUGCUGGUUCCUGAGUGCCCUGGCCGUGCUGGCUGAGCGGCCAGAGCUGGUGGAGAGGGUGAUGAUCACCAGGAGCCUGUGUCCCGAGGGCGCCUACCAGGUGCGGCUGUGCAAGGACGGCACCUGGACCACGGUGCUGGUGGACGACAUGCUGCCGUGUGACGAGUGUGGAUACCUCCUCUUCUCACAGGCCCAGAGGAAGCAGCUGUGGGUGGCCCUGAUUGAGAAGGCUCUGGCCAAGCUGCACGGUUCGUACUUCGCCCUGCAGGCCGGGCGCGCUAUUGAGGGCCUGGCUACACUAACCGGUGCCCCCUGCGAGAGCCUGAUGCUGCAGGUCAGCUCCACUAACCCUCGUGAGGAGCCCAUUGACACUGACCUCAUCUGGGCCAAAAUGCUGAGUUCUAAGGAGGCUGGGUUCCUGAUGGGGGCAUCCUGUGGUGGAGGCAACAUGAAAGUGGACGACGUGGCCUACGAGAGCAUGGGGCUGCGCCCCCGGCACGCCUACUCCAUCCUGGACGUGAGGGAUGUCCAAGGCUUCAGGCUGCUGCGGCUGCGGAACCCCUGGGGGCGUUUCUCGUGGAACGGCAGCUGGUCUGACGAGUGGCCACACUGGCCAGCACCCCUGCGCCACGACCUGAUGCCCCAUGGCAGCAGUGAGGGAGUCUUCUGGAUGGAGUACAGCGAUUUCAUCAAGUACUUCGACUCAGUGGAUAUCUGCAAGCUGCACUCGGACUGGCACGAGGUGCGGGUGCAGGGCAUGUUCCCCAACAAGGCCAACGGGCCGCUGACCGUCACCUCCCUGACAGUGCUGGAGCGAGCAGCCCUGGAGUUUGCCCUCUUCCAGGAGGGCAGCAGGCGGUCAGACACGGUGGACAGCCACCUGCUGGACCUGUGCAUCAUGGUGUUCCGAGCCACCUUCAGCAGUGGGAACAAGCUGAGCCUGGGCCGGCUGAUGGCUCACAGCAAGAGAGCCGUCAAGAAGUUCGUCAACUGCGACGUGAUGCUGGAGCCUGGCGAGUACGCCGUGGUCUGCUGUGCCUUCAACCACUGGAGCGCGGCCCUGCCAGGCCCUGCCAGCACCCAGGCCUCCAGCCCCACCAGCAGCCGACCAGCCAACGAUUCUUCCAGCUACAUCCUGGCCAUCUACAGCUCUCGCCUGGUGAUGGUGGAGCAGGUGGAGGCCCAGCCCACCACGCUGGCAGAUGCCAUCAUCCUGCUGACCGAGAACAAGGGCGAGCGCCAUGAGGGCCGUGAGGGGAUGACCUGCUACUACCUGACCCAUGGCUGGGCAGGGCUGAUCGUGGUGGUGGAGAACCGGCACCCCAAGUCCUACCUGCACGUCCAGUGCGACUGCACCGACAGCUUCAACGUGGUGUCCACGCGCGGCAGCCUCAAGACACAGGACAGCGUCCCCCCCCUGCACAGGCAGGUGUUGGUGAUCCUCUCCCAGCUGGAGGGCAACGCUGGCUUCUCCAUCACGCACCGCCUGGCACACCGCAAGGCCACCCAGGCCUUCCUCAAUGACUGGAUGGCCACCAAGGGCACCCACAACCCGCUGCUGACGCCCGAGGUGGCAGGGCUGCACGGCCCCCGGCCCCUAUGA